UUGGUACUGGUCCAGUCCUUACUCUUAGAAACAUUGAUUCAUCAGUUGGUGGUACUUAUCAUUGUGUUGUUGUCAAUGAGGCUGGGUUUGAUAUUGAAACUGCUACUCUCUACAUUACUCCAACUAUUGUCACUCAUCCAAUGAGUGUUAAUACUACUGCUGGUUCCUCCCUGGUAGUGAAGGCUCCUAAUUAUGAUUUGGGUACCAUUGUUUAUUCUACUAAUGGAUACUAUCGUUGUAUUGCAUAUACUAAUGUAUCUAAUAUCAUCAAUGAGACUGCUUCUAAUCCAGCAAUUGUUUCUGUGAGUCCUGCAGGCAUUGUCUCAGUCUCACCCUUUAGUGCCACAGUCAGUGGUGGUGACAAUGUAACCUUAACAUGUUCUGCUGGAGGAGGACCAAACAAUAUUUUUACUUGGGCACAUGCUAAUAUCGGUCAAAUCAGUGAUGGAGGACGAUUCAUAAUAGAAUCAACUUCUUCCAGUACACUUACUAUUACUGAUGUAAUUGGAGCAGAUUUUGGUGCAUAUACUUGUCAAGUAUCAAAUCUUGCUGGAAGUAGUAGUGCUACUUCAGAAAUUACAACGUCACCUGAGGGAUUCUCAGCCAUUAGUCCUGUCAAUAAUAUAACAUUGGACAGAGGAGAUGAUAUCACACUAAAUUGUGCUACAACUGCUGGUCCUCCUAGUAAUAUUAUGUAUGAUUGGUAUCAUAAUGCAACACAGAGUGUUUGCUGCCCUUUUGGACAAGAUGCUAACAUCACUCAAUUGGUAGAGCAGAGAACUGUUUCACGUGUUGGUAUGAGCUCUGAUCUUGAGCUUACUUCAGUCAAUGCUUCUCAUGGUGGUACAUAUGAGUGUAUAUUAUCCAAUGAUGCUGGAAGUGAAGCACUCA